UCGCCACGCGAGCACCGCACACUUCCGCUUCCGUUUCUUUUUCCGGAAGUAGCUUUCUGAGGUAGCGUGCGGGUUACUGUGGUCUUUGUCAGCUUCCACCAUGGCGUACCGUGGCCAGGGCCAAAAAGUGCAGAAGGUGAUGGUGCAGCCCAUCAACCUCAUCUUCAGAUACUUGCAAAAUAGAUCUCGGAUUCAGGUGUGGCUAUAUGAGCAAGUGAAUAUGCGGAUAGAGGGCUGUAUCAUUGGUUUUGAUGAGUAUAUGAACCUCGUAUUAGAUGAUGCAGAAGAGAUUCAUUCUAAAACAAAGUCAAGAAAACAGCUGGGUCGGAUCAUGCUAAAAGGAGAUAAUAUUACUCUGCUUCAAAGUGUCUCCAACUAGAAAUGACUAAUGAAGUGAGAAAUUGUUGAGACGGCAAUACAGUUUGUGUUUUUUAGGUCUCCUUUGUUAGGAGCAUAGUUCUUAAACGUUUAUUCAUAUUGCUCCAAUUACUCUUAUGUUAUUACCAGAUGACAAUAAAUGCUGAGGAAUUGUUUUUAUUAAAAAAAUUUACAUUGUUUCUUUCUACUCAGUGGCACCAUUAGCUGUUGAUAUUUUAAAAGUGUUCUGGAUGGUGGCAGUUGGCCUUGGGCAUUUGCUUUUCUCAGAGCCUGACCUAUAGAUUCUUAAGGCAAAGUGUAGGAAUUUUUACCUGACAGGUAAGCUUCUCAAAAUUGACUUGUAGAUAAGGGGGCGGUUCACAAAAUAAAGGCUGUUACACUAAUAUAUGUCAUCUUCAUCAAUUCUAUUUCUAGAUACUGGAACACUAGAGUUUGUAACUACAAUAGGUUGGGGACAUUAUAACAGCUUCAGUAUUUGUUUAGCAUUUUCAUAGAGUUCACUGUGUGAUGUCUUUGUGAACUCUUUUAUCACUAAGAUCAGAAUGUGAAAAGUAUUUAGGUACAGGCAAAGAAUGAAAUGCCUUAAAAGUACAUUAAAAAGAGCUCUGUUAUGAGUUAACAGGAGGAGCACUGUGAGAUUGGUAACCUGAAAAAAGACUACAAGCAGCACUGGUAAGUUAGGCAGAAUAAUAGUAUGUUAGUUGGAGAAACACCUGUCUCUUAUUCUUAUCUCUAAGAAUUUUCAUUCCUCCCCCGUAAUUGCUCAUUUC